AUGGAGCAGCCCGAGGACAUGACGUCGUUGAGCGAGUUCGACUCGUUGGCGGGCAGCAUCCCGGCCACCAAGGUGGAGAUCACCGUGUCCUGCAGGAACCUUUUGGAUAAAGACAUGUUCUCCAAGUCUGACCCAUUAUGCGUCAUGUAUACUCAAGGAAUGGAGAACAAGCAGUGGAGGGAGUUUGGACGAACCGAAGUCAUCGACAACACACUCAACCCCGAUUUUGUGCGCAAAUUCAUUGUGGAUUACUUCUUUGAGGAGAAGCAGAACCUCCGUUUUGACCUAUACGACGUUGACUCGAAGAGCCCUGACUUAUCCAAACAUGACUUCCUGGGCCAGGCCUUCUGCACCCUUGGAGAGAUUGUGGGGUCCCCCGGGAGCCGCCUGGAAAAACCCCUCACGAUAGGAGCGUUCAGCCUGAAUUCCAGGACGGGCAAACCCAUGCCAGCUGUGUCCAAUGGAAGUGGUGUUUGGAUGGAAAGUUUGAGAACCACUGGUCUGGAAGCCUCCGGUGGUGUCCCAGGGAAGAAAUGUGGCACCAUCAUCCUGUCCGCCGAGGAGCUCAGCAACUGCAGGGAUGUUGCCACGAUGCAGUUCUGUGCCAACAAGCUGGACAAGAAAGAUUUCUUUGGGAAGUCCGACCCGUUCCUGGUGUUCUACAGGAGCAAUGAGGAUGGAACGUUCACCAUCUGCCACAAGACUGAGGUCAUGAAGAACACCCUGAAUCCAGUCUGGCAAACGUUCUCCAUUCCUGUGAGAGCCCUCUGCAACGGGGACUAUGAUCGGACCAUCAAGGUGGAGGUGUACGACUGGGAUCGAGAUGGCAGCCACGACUUUAUUGGGGAGUUCACCACCAGCUACCGGGAGCUGGCCCGUGGGCAGAGCCAAUUCAACAUCUACGAGGUGGUAAAUCCAAAAAAGAAAAUGAAGAAAAAGAAAUACGUGAAUUCUGGCACAGUCACACUGCUUUCCUUUGCUGUGGAGUCAGAGUGCACAUUUCUCGACUACAUCAAAGGAGGGACCCAGAUCAACUUCACAGUGGCCAUCGAUUUCACAGCCUCCAAUGGGAACCCCUCGCAGUCCACGUCGCUGCACUACAUGAGCCCGUACCAGCUGAACGCCUACGCGCUGGCACUGACCGCCGUCGGGGAGAUCAUCCAGCACUAUGACAGCGACAAGAUGUUUCCCGCCCUUGGCUUUGGGGCCAAGCUGCCCCCUGAUGGCAGGGUAUCCCACGAGUUCCCACUGAACGGCAACCAGGAGAACCCCUCGUGCUGCGGCAUCGAGGGCAUCCUGGAGGCGUACCACCGCAGCCUGCGCACCGUGCAGCUCUACGGCCCCACCAACUUCGCCCCGGUUGUCACCCACGUGGCCAGGAACGCGGCCGAGGUGCAGGAUGGUUCCCAGUACUCGGUGCUACUCAUCAUUACCGACGGGGUUAUCUCGGACAUGGCGCAGACCAAGGAGGCUAUCGUCAACGCUGCCAAACUCCCCAUGUCCAUCAUCAUCAUCGGCGUGGGCCAGGCGGAGUUCGACGCCAUGGUGGAGCUGGACGGUGAUGACGUGCGGAUCUCCUCUCGGGGGAAGCUGGCUGAGCGGGACAUUGUCCAGUUCGUGCCUUUCAGGGACUACGUGGACCGCACGGGCAACCAUGUGCUGAGCAUGGCACGCCUGGCCCGCGACGUGCUGGCUGAGAUCCCGGACCAGCUGGUGUCCUACAUGAAGGCGAAAGGCAUCCGUCCACGCCCCCCACCUGAGGCCCCAGAGGGCUCACCCUCCCAGUCCCCCGCCCGCACGCCCCCUGCCUCCCCCUUGCACACGCACAUCUGA